AUGACAAUUCAUGUGAACAUCCCAAAAGAUUUAUACAAUCAAAAACGUCCAUCUACCAUUUAUUCCAUUCAAGAUUGCGUCGGUAGAGGAAAUUUCGGUGAUGUUUAUAAAGCAAUUGAUAAAUUAACUGGUGAAAUUGUAGCCAUUAAAGUGGUCAAUUUAGAAAGUAGUGACGAAGAUAUUGAAUUGAUUGCACAAGAAAUUUUUUUCUUGGCUGAAUUAAAAUCACCAUAUAUUACUAAUUAUAUUACUACUAUGUUAGAGGAUGUUUCCAUGUGGAUAGUAAUGGAAUAUUGUGGAGGUGGUUCAUGCUCAGAUUUAAUUAGAUAUCAUUAUAAUGAAGGUUUACAUGAGGAUAAAGUUGCAUUCAUUACCAAAAAUGUUUUAAGAGGUUUACAAUAUUUACAUGAACAAAGGAAAAUCCACAGAGAUGUUAAAGCUGCAAAUGUUUUACUAACAGAUGAUGGGUUAGUUAAAUUAGCAGAUUUUGGAGUCAGUGGACAAUUAAGAUCUACAGCAAAAAGAAACACAUUCGUUGGAACACCUUAUUGGAUGGCACCAGAAAUUAUUUCUAAUUCAUCUCAUGGAUAUAAUGAAAAGGCAGAUAUUUGGUCAUUAGGUAUUACGGUAUAUGAAUUAUUAAAGGGAUGUCCACCAUAUGCUAAAUAUGAUGCAGGUAAAGUUAUGAGAAAUAUACCAAAAAAAAACCUCCAAGAUUGCAUGGUGUCCUUUUCAGACGCCGCUAAAUUAUUUAUAUCUGCAUGUCUUAUCAAAGAUCCUGAUGAAAGACCUACUGCAACUGAAUUGUUACAACAACCAUUUGUAAAGAAUAUAAAAAUUACAGAUUUAAGAAAUGAAGUCAUGGAAAUAAAACGUACAAGAAAGGAGGGAAAUAAAGUUCCCAAAUAUUCUUUAGAUAAUCGAUUAUAUCAAACAUUUUCAAAACCAAAAAGUGGUAACUUUUGGAAUUUUGAUUCUGUAAGAUUAACAAAGUCAAAGAACUUAUCAAAGACUGAAGAAAGUCCUAUAUCUGCAUCGACAUUACAAAGCUCUUAUUGUAACAAUAACAAUAAUAAUAAUAAUAGUAGUAGUAACAGUAACAGCAAUCAUAAUGUGACACCUAUUACAAACGCAACAACACCAUCAUUCAGAGAAUAUGAUAAAAAUGCUGUAUAUGGUCUCGGUUCUGGAAUGGAAAUUGAUACAGACCUUCAAUCUCCCCAAAUUAUAUCAGAUGAGAAAAAAGAAUCUAAUUUUAAACAAAUUGAUAUAGACUAUCUAAAAAACGUAAUCUGUUACUGUUUAAAGAGAAUGCAUGAUAGAGCAAACGAAGAGGAAACGAGAAAACAUGUCGAUGAUGUAUUAAAUUAUUUAAUUGGAGUAGAAAUGAAAGUUCCAGGAUUCAGUGAAGUACUGAUAGAAGAAGUUGAAUUAAGGAUGGAUACAAUCAAGCAGUAUUUAGCUCAAUAA